AUGUGGGCUGGUGUCAUGGACGCCAAUGAUCAGGAUAUUCCUGAAUUCUUCACGGCCAAACCGAAGCGUCGAGGACUCAGGCUCGGUCGGAAGAAGUCCAACGUGAUUGUUCGAAAUGCAGGCCACAUCAUGCCUUUUCCUGUAAACGUUGCAUUCGAAAAGUUCUCCGACUUUUCACGUCAUUCCGAAUGGAAUCCUUCCAUCAGCAGUGCGACCUACAUAGAUGACUCUCGCACCAAAGUUCGAUGGACACGCGAGACGAUGGGCUUCACCAUUGGCUGGUCAACCAUUACCACAGUCAAAGACCCGAACAAGGCACUGGCGUGGAAGAGCAUUGAAGGAAUCAAAUUAGAAAACCGAGUCAUUUUCCAGUCCGUCGAUGAGGGCAAGGGUACACUGAUGAUCAUGUCUACCAACUACAAAGUGCCAGAGAAAGUCUUUGUUCCAUCACGCAAAGUGGUUGGAAAGUCAAAGACCCGAGCGUACAACAAUACAUAUGAAAGUGAUCAGAUGAAAGAGAUCCUGGUGCGUUUUGGCGAGAUUGUCGCGAAAGAGCUGAAACAUGAUGAAAUGUACUUUCUUUAG